UGCUCCCCCAGCCCUGUUUUGUUUUCUCUAAUUGGUCCUGGGGGAGGCGAGGAAAUUGGACAGAGGCUGGGCCGGGCGAGCUGGGCUGCCUUUAAUUGGCUCCUUUUUUUAACUGGAGGGGAAUCAAACAGGAGAGCGAGCGACAAAGGGUGGGAGAGCGAGAGACCGAGCGCGGAGACGCGAGGAGGAGGGAGGGAGGCGGGAGGGAGGCGGGAGCAGCGCGGAAUGAAAAGCUCCGAGGGGCGAGAAGGCAGCACAGCAAAGCCCAAGUUGCCGAGCGAGCGCGGCGCUCCCGCGGCCCAGAGCCCAGCGGCCGCCGCGCCCCGCAGCCGGCCCCGCCCGCUCCGGGCCCCCGCCGCCCGAGGCCGCCGGGCGGGGGCGGGGACGACCAACUUGGGGCGCGGCGCAGCCCCGCUCUCCCGAGAGCUCGGAGCCGGGAGCGCCGCGGCCGCGGCCAGACGGCGGGAGCCGAGCGCGGCGAGCGGAGGCGGCGGGCGGCGCUCGUGCCGCAGCCCCGGCCUGGGCGAGAGCGCGAAUAUUUUUCAAACGACUCAAACUUUCCUCCUUUCCCCGCCUUCCGGGGCCCCUCUCGCCCGGAAUUGCUCUCCAGAUUCCCGCGGGGCGCCGGGGUGCGAUUCCUCCUCCGGGUUUGUCGGCGGCGCGGCUAACUUCGCGGAGCCGGGGACCCGCGGCGCUCGCGCCUCGGCCGAACGCUCGGGAGGGCCGGGGCCGGGGCUCCUUCGCCGCCGGGAGGGCGCCCAGCCCGGGCCCCCUGGGUCGGGCCGCUGAGCCCUCGGCACCCGCCGCAGAACUGGAAACAGCGGAUUAACCGGAGCGGGGCCCCGGCCUCCCCGCCCCCUCUCCGCGGAGGGGCGUCCCCAGGGCAGGGAAACGACAAGUUUGUCAGUCGUCGGUGGCCUGUUGGAUUCAAGCGCCGCCGCCGCCGCAGAGAGGUCCCCGGCGCCCAGCACCCCGCGCGGACAGCGCUGGGGACGCGGGGCGGCUUGGCGGCCGGGCUCCUUGGGCCGGGGCGCUGGCCUCUGCGCUGGGCACGCCGAGGCACCCGGGGCCGGGCCAGCGCCCCCUGCGUCCCCACGCGGGCAGCGGCCCCGCCGGAGGAGAAACCCAGGUCGCUACCGCCGCCUCUUCAGUCUCCUAGUCUCCGUCGCCGCCGCUGCUCUCGCUGUCGCCUCUCAGGGAAAGGGGGGCACACAGGGGCGUCGCAGGGCCCCCGGCGGAUGCGCCCCCCGCCGCCUCUUGGGCUGCGCCGCCUCGCGGGGAUGAAGCACCGGCCGUGAAGAUGGAGGUGACCUGCCUUCUACUUCUGGCGCUGAUCCCCUUCCACUGCCGGGGACAAGGAGUCUACGCUCCAGCCCAGGCGCAGAUCGCGCACGCGGGCCAGGCGUGUGUGGUUAAAGAGGACAACAUCAGUGAGCGCGUCUACACCAUUCGGGAGGGGGACACCCUCAUGCUGCAGUGCCUUGUCACCGGGCACCCUCGACCCCAGGUGCGGUGGACCAAGACUGCGGGCAGCGCGUCGGACAAGUUCCAGGAGACGUCGGUGUUCAACGAGACGCUGCGCAUCGAGCGCAUCGCGCGCACGCAGGGCGGCCGCUACUACUGCAAGGCCGAGAACGGCGUGGGCGUGCCGGCCAUCAAGUCCAUCCGCGUGGACGUGCAGUACCUGGAUGAGCCUGUGCUGACGGUGCACCAGACGGUGAGCGACGUGCGCGGCAACUUCUACCAGGAGAAGACGGUGUUCCUGCGCUGCACUGUCAACUCCAACCCGCCCGCCCGCUUCAUCUGGAAGCGCGGCUCUGACACGCUGUCCCACAGCCAGGACAACGGGGUGGACAUCUAUGAGCCCCUCUACACCCAGGGGGAGACCAAGGUCCUGAAGCUGAAGAACCUGCGGCCCCAGGACUAUGCCAGCUACACUUGCCAGGUGUCUGUACGUAACGUGUGCGGCAUCCCAGACAAGGCCAUCACCUUCCGGCUCACCAACACCACGGCACCACCAGCCCUGAAGCUGUCUGUGAACGAGACUCUGGUGGUGAACCCUGGGGAGAAUGUGACGGUGCAGUGUCUGCUGACGGGCGGCGACCCCUUACCCCAGCUGCAGUGGUCCCAUGGGCCGGGCCCGCUGCCCCUGGGUGCUCUGGCCCAGGGCGGCACCCUCAGCAUCCCUUCAGUGCAGGCGCGGGACUCUGGCUACUACAACUGCACGGCCACCAACAACGUGGGCAACCCUGCCAAGAAGACCGUCAACCUGCUGGUGCGAUCCAUGAAGAAUGCCACGUUCCAGAUCACGCCUGAUGUGAUCAAAGAGAGUGAGAACAUACAGCUGGGCCAGGACCUGAAGCUGUCAUGCCACGUGGAUGCGGUGCCCCAGGAGAAGGUGACCUACCAGUGGUUCAAGAAUGGCAAGCCAGCACGCAUGUCCAAGCGGUUGCUGGUGACCCGCAACGACCCUGAGUUGCCCGCUGUCACCAGCAGCCUAGAGCUCAUUGACCUGCACUUCAGCGACUAUGGCACCUACCUGUGCAUGGCCUCCUUCCCAGGGGCACCUGUGCCCGACCUCAGCGUCGAGGUCAACAUCUCCUCUGAGACAGUGCCGCCCACCAUCAGCGUGCCCAAGGGCAGGGCCGUGGUGACCGUGCGCGAGGGGUCGCCUGCCGAGCUGCAGUGCGAGGUGCGGGGCAAGCCGCGGCCGCCCGUGCUCUGGUCCCGCGUGGACAAGGAGGCUGCGCUGCUGCCCUCGGGGCUGCUCCUGGAGGAGACUCCGGACGGGAAGUUGAGGCUGGAGCGCGUGAGCCGCGACAUGAGCGGGACGUACCGCUGCCAGACGGCUCGCUAUAAUGGCUUCAACGUGCGCCCUCGAGAGGCCCAGGUGCAGCUGAACGUGCAGUUCCCGCCGGAGGUGGAGCCCAGCUCCCAGGAUGUGCGCCAGGCGCUGGGCCGGCCGGUGCUCCUGCGCUGCUCGCUGCUGCGAGGCAGCCCCCAGCGCAUCGCCUCGGCCGUGUGGCGCUUCAAAGGGCAGCUGCUGCCGCCGCCGCCCGUCGUGCCCGCCGCCGCCGAGGCCCCGGACCACGCGGAGCUGCGCCUGGACGCCCUAACCCGGGACAGCAGCGGCAGCUACGAGUGCAGCGUCUCCAACGACGUGGGCUCGGCUACCUGCCUCUUCCAGGUCUCGGCCAAAGCCUACAGCCCGGAGUUUUACUUCGACACCCCCAACCCCACCCGCAGCCACAAGCUGUCCAAGAACUACUCCUACGUGCUGCAGUGGACGCAGAGGGAGCCGGAUGCUGUCGACCCUGUGCUCAACUACAGACUCAGUGUCCGCCAGUUGAACCAGCACAAUGCCAUGGUCAAGGCCAUCCCUGUGCGGCGUGUGGAGAAGGGGCAGCUGCUGGAGUACAUCCUGACUGAUCUCCGUGUGCCCCACAGCUAUGAGAUCCGCCUCACACCCUAUACCACCUUUGGGGCUGGUGACAUGGCCUCACGCAUCAUUCACUACACAGAGCCCAUCAACUCUCCGAACCUGUCAGACAACACCUGCCACUUUGAGGAUGAGAAGAUCUGUGGCUACACCCAGGACCUGACAGACAACUUUGACUGGACGCGGCAGAACGCCCUCACCCAGAACCCCAAGCGCUCCCCCAACACCGGUCCCCCCACUGACAUAAGUGGCACCCCUGAGGGCUACUACAUGUUCAUUGAGACAUCAAGGCCCCGGGAGCUGGGCGACCGAGCGAGGCUGGUGAGUCCCCUCUACAACGCCAGCGCCAAGUUCUACUGUGUCUCCUUCUUCUACCACAUGUAUGGGAAGCACAUCGGCUCCCUCAACCUCCUGGUGCGGUCCCGGAACAAAGGGGCUCUGGACACGCACGCCUGGUCCCUCAGUGGCAAUAAGGGCAACGUGUGGCAGCAGGCCCACGUGCCCAUCAGCCCCAGUGGGCCCUUCCAGAUUAUUUUUGAGGGGGUUCGAGGCUCGGGGUACCUGGGGGAUAUUGCCAUAGAUGACGUCACUCUGAAGAAGGGCGAGUGUCCCCGGAAGCAGAUGGAUCCCAAUAAAGUGGUGGUGAUGCCGGGCAGUGGAGCCCCCCGCCAGCCCAGCCCGCAGCUGUGGGGGCCUGCGGCCAUCUUCCUCUUGGCGUGGCAGAGAUGAUGAGAGCCGCUCGGCCCCCCCACCCUGCCCCCGGCACACCAAAGUGUCCACAUUGUACCAAAGACUGAGCCCCGCCAGCCGGGGUGCCCAGGGGCAGGGCUGGCCCGCCUGGGAGGGGGCCUGUGUCGGCUGCGAAGAUGAGCAGAGGACAAGGACAGAGGCUGCACUGAGGCCACGGAGACGGUUGUUCGACACGCACACACUCACGCUCACACACACAGAUAUAUUAAAGCACAAGUUUCUUUCCGA